AUGUUAUGUGAUAAUGUAUAUGAUGAAGCUAUAAUGAAACAUAAUUCUGCUGUUGUUGUUGACGUUGAAGUUGAUGCUGAUAUUGAAGUUGAUGUUGAUGAUAAUGUUGAAGAAGAUGUUGAUGCUGAUGAUCAUUUUGAUGUUAAUGUUGAAGUUGAUGUUGAUACGGAUGCACGCUCAUUAACAUCAUUACGUAGUAAACGUAGUCGAUGA